CCUGCACACUUGAGCAAGAAUCAUAGCACAGACUGUGUAUGUGCAGGAUCAGAAGAUGGUUUUUCUGACAACUAAAGUAAUGCAAAGGACUGCGCUCUUUGUGACAUUUGGAAGUUGGGUGACUUCUCUGAUCACCGCCUUCCUUCCACUGUGGAAGACAAUGAACUCUGACCUGAACGAGGUGGAGAACUGGUUCUCUGGUCUGUGGCUCACCUGCCUCUACACCGAAGAGGUAGGAAUUCAGUGUAAAGCCUAUGACUCCAUCAUGGGGCUGCCAAUGGACCUGCAGAUCUCCAGGGUGCUCGUGUCAGUGUCUAUAGGCACAGGUGGUUUAGCUCUGCUGGCUGCUUUCCCAGGACUGGAGGGGGUUGGGAUGUGUGUGGGGCAGCCUGGCCUCAAGCGACGGCUCAUCAUCCUCGCGGGAGUGAUGACCUGGGUGUCGGGGCUCACUACUCUCGCUCCUGUCUCUCUUGUUGCCUACACAACUGUGGUGGACUUCUGGGACGAGGGUUUUCCUGAUGUGAUGCCACGCUGGGAGUAUGGAGAGGCGAUGUUCUCUGGGUGGUUUGGAGGUUUGGGUCUGGUCAUCGGAGGGACCCUCUUCUUUGUAGCUGUGUGCAUGUGGGACUACGACCAGAAGCCACCAAGUGUGCCAAACAGCCCUCAGGCAAAGCACAGGACAAAGAACUACCUGAAGACGGAGGUUUUAUAGAGUCAUCUGCACAUUUAUAUACUUCAUAUGAAAGCCUGUCAGCUUUUGAGUGAUGACGCAAUGAAAAUACUCGGGAAACACUUCACUAGCUCUAUUUGUGUGACAAUGACAAGAAUAUUUCUGACUGAAGUGACAUGAAAGCUACAAAUGUUUAAUUUGUUUAGCUCUAAGUAUAAGUGUGCACCUUUAUGUAAUCUGUUUCUGGUUGAUUAUGUGAUAAUCCUAGUUUUCACAAAAUAUUAAAGUAGAGUGACUUAAUAAGCGACUGCAGUAGUUUGUAGUCCUUAAAGCAGGGAUACUCAACUUGUUUUGCCCGGGGGACACUUUUGCAAAAUGGCAGGAGACAAGAGUUUGCCGUCCUCACUCAUCUUUGCCGAGAGGCAUCCAGUUGCAGCAGCCCUGCAAAGCCAUUCGUAGCAGCGCAGCACAGGUCAGGUAUACACAGGGGUGUUUCUAGGUUUUAAGGACAUUCUUGGCUCAGCCUGGACCUCUGUCAGGGGGGUCCAGGGCACUUUUUUUUCAUAAACAAGCUUUUGUUUUUUUUUCGAUUUAACUACUUUCAAACUACAUUCAAAGCACCAAAAUUCAGAUUUAGCCCAUGGGCCGUAAGUUGAGUAUCAUCGCUUUAAAGUCUACAGAGUCUGAACAAAUAGGUUAGGAAGACAUUUUUUUACCAGUAGACAUGAACCUGAAGUACAUUAAACCUUUCUUGAAAUAAUAUUUUUUAAUCCUUAGUUAAAACUAGUGCAGCUUUGGUGCAGUGUCAGUGUAUUUCAGACCUAGGAAGCAUGCCUGUAUAUGUCCUUCGUUGAAGGUAUGAUCUGUGAUGCAAACAAAAGGACAAACUUCAGAAUCCCAGCUGAGAAUUUAUCAGGUUAUGAGUGAAUGAAGUGAAAUGGCAUCUGUAGGAGCCAAGUAUAUAUUUAUAUUAUGUUGUUUAUUGCUUAUCUCACCUGUUACGUAUAGCAUGAUGUGAAUUAGACUUGGAAAAAUAAUUAUUUUUGUUUGGGCUCUCCCAUUUUCUGUUGAUUGCAAAUCUCACAGCAUCUACAUUCACCUUUGCACAUGUUAACUUCAUGUACCAGAUUUUGUUCUUGUUUUCUUACUUUGAGAUGGAUAAUAAAUCCUUAAAUGCAUAUCAGUAAGUGGAACUAAGUUAUUUAAGCUGUGCAUCGUAACAGGUGUUGACUGCUCCCUGUCUCAGCGUCUCAGCGGCUUGUGAUUGUAACAAGAAGUCACCGCAGUGUCUGAUUAUCAGGACAGUGCCUCUCAAACUGAUUGACAAGUCUUUUAAUUUAAGAAGUACUGGCAUUAGACAAAAUCAGAGUAACUAUAUUUUUGAUGCUUUUACAAGUCAGUAGUCUUUGCAGUUACACAUAUGUGCAUAUUUGUGAUUUAGAGCUAUGUUUGUACUGAUGUCUUUCUGUUGAUUUUGAUUUCAGAGGUUACU